ACUAGAAAAAAAUGAAUGGUGGCUCUAGUUUAAUCUUUUUUCCUGCACGCGCAUGUAGAGAAUCAGUAGUUAUUCGUAUUGCCUUGUAAUGCGGGAACACGUUUUGGGCGUAUUGUUGUGUUUGCUUCACUGUGUGCGCCCUCACAAUAGCUAACCCUGUGACUUACCCCUUUCGUCUUUUUUACCCUCACUUAAGAAAUAGUAUUAACUAGUAAAUAUUAAUUAAGAGGUCUAAUUGAUUAAUUUUAAUCUUAUUUAUGUCUAAGUUAUUAUAUAUCUCUCCAUUAAAUGUUUACUCAAUUCAUACAUUAUCUCCAAUGACAAAACAUCUACCAAAUCUAGAGAGGAUUAAUCUUAUUUUUUCAAAUUUGCUCUUAAUUGUAAUUUAGUCAAAUGAUCUAUUUUUGCCUAGUCUUUAGUAUUUUCUCAAAAGGUUUUAGUAUUUUCUCAAAAGGUAUGCACACUUUUUUAGCAGGAGGAAUAAAAAUAAAAAAUAUAAUUAAUUAUGUCUUAAAACUUUAAAACUAUGAAUAAUCUGCGACUACUAUUUUAAUAACCAGUAACAAUUGUUUUGGGGUCACGUGACUUGCUAGUGGGAUAUGUUAGCACCUGAAAUGGGGUCACGUGACUUGUUGUAAGGAAACAUUUUCUGAAAAAUGUGCUUUUGUCCGUUGGAUUUACAUUGGGCUCGAAUAUCGAGAAGGCAAACUAAGUCCAACGGGCAUUUAUGUGUGCCUUUGGAUUUGUGUAAUCAGGGUUCUGAAAAUAUAUCAGGUCCCAUGUGCUGUUUUUUGCAGUAUGCUAAGUGACGUGUGAUGAAUUAUGAGUCCAUAACUACACUGGGAUGCACUAAUAUGGGCCCUGUUCAUGCGUGGUGACACGUCGUAAAGUUAAUUUUUUGGAAGGAUAUUCAGUACUUUUUCUGAGGAUGGAUUCAGUUAAUCGGUCUGCUGUGACCCCGAGUAAGAGCAAAUUGGCUCGCACUUUCGCCAAGGUUUUGCACAUUCGAGCUCUGACCGGAACCCAUAAGCCAAAAUUCAGUGAAAAUGUCAAGGAUGAUGUAGUGAAGAGCGAGUUACUCAAGAAAUCACAGUUCAAGUCUUUCGACGAUGAAGAUGAAAAGCUUCAGAAAGCAGCUGCAGAAGCUUUUCUUGCCAAGCUAUUUGCAAACGUCUCAGCUGUUAAAGCGGCAUAUGCCCAAUUGCAGUUUUCUCAGUCUCCAUAUGACCCUGAUGGUAUUCAAUCUGCUGACCAGUUGCUGGUAUCCGAGCUGAAAAACCUGUCCGAAUUGAAACAGUGCUACGUGAAGAAGCAGUUCGAUGAGUAUUCCCCAGAGACCACUUAUCUUUUGGCUGAAAUUCAGGAGCAGAAGAGUGUUUUAAAGACGUAUGAUAUCAUGGGAAAGAAGCUGGAUUCACAGCUCAAACUCAAGGAAUCAGAAAUUAUGUUUCUCCGCGAGAAACUGGUCGAGGCUAAUAAAGAAAACAAGCUGAUUGAGAAAAGAUUGAAUGCCAGUGGGCCAAUGUCUCCUUUGGACAAUCUUCACUUUUCAAGCUUGAGUUCCAGCCAUUUUAUCACAUUCCUCCGGCAGACAAUCAGGUCGAUUCGGAGCUUUGUUAGGUUGCUCAGCAAGGAGAUGAUAGAUGCUGGGUGGAAUUUAGAUGCUGCAGCCAGUUCCAUCGAACCUGAUACAGAGUUCUUGAAAGCAAAUGACGUAUGUUAUGCUUUUGAAUCAUUCGUUUGCCGAGAGAUGUUUGAUGGCUUCAAUUAUCCAAACUUUUCCAUCUCAACAGAGCCCCUGCCCGAGCAGAAGAAGAGGCAAAAGUUGUUUUUCGACAGAUUCAUGGAGCUGAGAUCGGUGAAGCCAGCUGAUUACUUGGCCUGGAAACCCAAAUCAACCUUUGCAAGAUUCUGUCGUGCUAAGUACUUGAAACUAAUCCACCCCAAGAUUGAAGAUUCAAUUUUUGGCAACUUGCAUCAGAGAAACAUAAUCAACUCGGGUGAGUAUCCGGAGUCAACUUUCUUCUCUACAUUUAGUGAAAUGGCUAAGCGCGUUUGGUUACUGCAUUGUCUGGCUUUCUCCUUCGAUCCCGCAGCUUCAAUCUUCCAAUUGAGCAGAGGGUGUCGAUUUUCGGAUGUCUACAUGGAGAGUCUGAACGAAGAAGCGUUCUUGUCGUGGGAUGGGUCACCGGAAACUGAACCGCGUGUAGGUUUCACGGUGGUUCCCGGGUUCAAGAUUGGUAAAACUGUCAUUCAGAGUCAAGUUUACCUUUGUUGACCAAGAAAUGCAAAUGAACCAUAGAUGGUGAAUUGGGGAAGCAUCAGAUUCGUUGGUUAAAAAUGGACCCACAACAUCAAGGAUUACAGCUUUCAUCUUGUUUAUUUUUAAUGUUCUGAAUGGGAACAAACAGAACAGAAUUAUGGAGAAUUUUGAGAGGGGGGGGGGGGGGCAUGGCAAAGGCAUGGCUUUUCAGUAAAGGUGGGGUCGAAAUUGUGUUUUGAUGAUAUUGAAAGGGGAAAGCGCGUUGAUGAUUUUUCUGUCUGCGGGAACUUGGAAUAGCUUACCAAACAUUGUCUUUGUUUUUCUAUGUUGUUUGGUUGGAAAUGUAUUACCAUUAGUAGUGGUACUGUUUUUCAAGUAGAAGAAUCACUCCUCCAAUUUUGUUAAUAUUAGGCGAGGGGUGUAAGAACUAAGAAUCUUAGCUGUGUACAUUAUUUCAUUAAUAUGAUUUCGGCUAUAUUAUAUUGAAAACAGUGUUUGUGUGUGUA